GUGUGUGUGUUUGUCUCCGUCAGGACUGUGAGGAAGCCAUCUUGGCUCUGAUCACAGGUGCAGUCUGGGAGGAGGCGUUACGACUGAUUUACAUGCACAACAGACGAGACAUCACAGAAACAAACCUGAAACCUGCUCUGCUCGACGCUGUGAACACACAGACUGUUUUCCUGGAGGCUCAGGUCGCGACGUUCACACGACACAGAAGCAGACUCUGUGUGGUCAGAGAGCACAAGGAGAAGGCCAGACUGGACCUGCUGGACGAGGACGGUCCAGAUUGUCCCGACGCCGAGCUUUACUCCGAGGCCAGCAGCGCGAUGACCGGCUCCAAAUACUCGCACAGCAACUCCCGCGUUUCCUCGAGGUCGUCAAAGAACCGGCGGAAAGCCGAGAGGAAGAAGCUGAGUCUGAAGGAAGGAAGUCCCAUGGAGGACCGGGCGCUCAUGUUCGCUCUGGGUGAAAUCAUCACCACCGUGGACAAGAUGAGAGAGGAAGUGCACGGUCUGCUGAAAGCGCUGGUGCUGUUCCAGUUUGACAAACACGCGGAGAAGCUGCAGGCGGCCUACGACCACGCCCUGCAGAUGAUGGAGGGGGCGGUGCCUGAGGUUUGGCCGGAGAACGUCCAGAACAGCCAAGCUCCGCUCACUGGGCCAAACUCGACCGCAAACAGCAUCAUGGCGUCUUACCAGCAGCAACAGCAGCAGAGACCUGCAGCUGCACAAGAUUUGGAGGUGUUGGCGCCGCCAAAGAUGAGAAACGGCAUCAAGUGGAAGCUCGCUAUUCUGACUUAAAUUUCAUUUUUUUAGACAUGUAUUUUUAAUUGUAAAAGUCAAGUGUUAAAUAUGUAAUAAAUAAAGAUUCAGUU